AUGAAAGCAGGGAGGUCCUGUGACUUACACACUUUGACCAGAUCUGUGCUAGAAGUAGGGUUCAUGAGUGGUCAAUAUAUUCUUUGUGGAUUUCAAAUGCAUUCCCUUUACAAAUGCACUCAACCUCCUUGUCCCAAUUCAGUGGAUUUCUUUGUAUCAAGGCUAACAGAGAAAACCAUAUUCAUGAUCUAUAUGCACAGCAUUGCAGGCCUUUCUUUGCUCCUCAAUGUACUAGAAAUAUUUCAUCUGGGAAUUAGGAAAAUCAUGAGGGCAGUUUAUGAGAAAUCUAGCAAUGAGGGCACUGAGUCUGGAAAGUACCCUCCAUUUCAUUCUAAAAAAUAUUCAGUGGCCCAGCAGUGUAAGAUUGUAAGAUUUUGCUCUCCAUUGCAUGAAAGAACUUCUCUACUGCAAGCAAACAAGCAAGCCAUCCAAGUCAAUAUGCCAAAGUCCAAAACCCUCCGGCAAAUCCCACAGCCCAAGCAACUUGAGGUGGACCCUUGUAGUAACAAAGAGUGGUCUGAGAAGGAUCAGCACAGCGGACAGCUCCAUGUCUACAGGCUACAUCCCUGGGUUGCCGGUACUACAAUUCAGCACGCUGGACAGCAACUAUCAAGACCUCUUUUCUCUGGCCUAUGGAAUACAACCUUCCAGCCCUGGCUAGGUACAAUGAAGGCUCCUGGACUCUGUUCAUCCUAUGCAACAGGAAUCUGGGGGCAGUCUCAGGACCAGCAACCUUCAGAGGGCCUUCUCACAGAUCUGCACCAUCACUGCAGAGACAGCAAUAGCAGUGUGAGGGAAAGUGGGGUCUGGACAGACAGAUUUCAAUCUGCCAGUCGCGAGGCUAGCUUUCUGUCCAAAUUGCCUUUCGAAAAGCAGCAGCUGCACAAUGACUCAGGAAGCUCAAUUUAUCAGAAUAGCUCUUGCUUGGACUUUCUACACCAGAAAAAUAGCCCCUCACUUCUGCCUUCAGCUGUUGGACACAGAACAUCGAUGCCUUUGGGCACCGCGCUGCUCGCCCGCCCGCCUCUGCUGCCCCGCCCUGCCCGGGCCUCAGAACUUACAUUUAUUCUCCGCGUUUGUCCCGUGACUCCUCGCCGCCAGGGCCGCGCUCUGCCGCUUUUCUCCAAGGCCACCCCAAGGCCCUUUCAGGUCGCUCCCACCCUCUCAUUCCCCAGUACUUCAUCCACCACCGACCACGUCCUUCAUUACUCUGCACCUCACCCCGUCACUUCGCUCCUCCGGCCCUUCCGCGCCUCGUCUGCGCUCCCCGCACAUUUCCCCGCUCUUUACCCCGCCCAUGCGCCCUGCGGGCGGCCUCCUCAGGCAGCUUUCUCCCCAAUCCCCCCGCCCACCGGGACGCGCCCCGCCCCCCCAUCUUCCGGGCCCUACCUGCUCGCCCUGGACGCUGUAAGCCCCCCUUGA